AUGGCUAACGGGCUGAAAACUUACCGGGAGCUGAGCUUGGCACAGGUGGAGAGAGAGCUUCUCAGUGCAGAAGCUUAUCUAGCCGCUAGCGCAGGGAAGCCCUAUUCCGUAUCUAAAACAUCCCGGAAGGAUGAAACCACGGGACUGACGCCAGAUGACACAUCCUCUCGAUGGGGUUCGCAUGGUCGUCCAUUUCUUUCGGAAGAGCGGCGACGCGAAAUUUUGGCCAAAUUGUCAUCUGAGCGCAAAUCUGCUCUACAAAAACUUCGUGUCGCUCCCAUUAAUGGGGUUGAGGCCGAGCUGCAAAGCUGGACCUUGGGCGAAGCAGUGCACGAGACAGCAGAAGAGCGUAUUAAUGAUAUGCUGACUGAUAGAGCGCCGAAAGAUAGCUUAAAGCAUGACGUCGCUUCAAGUAUCCACAAUUUGCAGAGAGGAAUCUAUGAUAAAAAAAACCACGAUAAACAAUCCGUCUUAUCAAGCGCACAGUGCAACUAUGAUGACAUCUACUGUCGAUCCAAAUUAAAUUUUGAUCAUCCUUUUGUGAUAAAAAAUGCACAACAAUUAUCGGAUUUUUCAUCGGCAACGUCCUCGGCUCUUUUGUCAGUAUCGUUGCCUAAAACCAAGCGCGUUGUAGACGAAUCAGCAAUGUCUUUACACAUGGAAGGGAUAAAUGAGAUGUCACUACCAAGCAAUACUUCAGACUCGUUCGGCGAAAGUCGCCAUUGCGUUGAAGCACCACAAAAGACAAGCGAUGAGCACCAAAAAGACUAUUAUGCGGGUUUGCAUGAUGUGAUGCACAUCGAUCAGCAUCAAUUAGCUGCUAAAAAAGCAUUGAAUCGUAUUGAUGUUCUGGCUCAAUCUCGAAAUGAUCUUUUUGCAGAACGCGAAAAAAAACGUAUAGUUUCUGAAAUGGAGCAACUCCGUGAGUGUACAUUUCAUCCUAACUGCACUAAACCAUCUCGGACCAUCUCAAAAGCGCGUAAUGAUAUUCGGACUGAUUCGGCAUUUCAAUGGCUAACCCUUAGCCCUCGUCAAAAGGUUUUGCGACCGCUGGAUGAGAUGAUGAAUGGAAAUAAGGAAAAUUGCAGUCAAAGUACAAUUCAAAGAUUGCAUUUGGACGGCACUGCGCGCUACGACAUGCGGGAGCAAGCCCGAAAGGCACUUGAAGCUCAAAAAUUCCUGGAAUGUACAUUUAAGCCUAAGAUCAAUCCUACCUCGAAGACGAUGAUUAGUCGAAUCGACUACAAACCUAUUCACCUUCGAGUUUAUGAUCUCCAGCGUGCAAAGGCUGAAUACAUCGAGCAAGUUCGUCAGCAACAAGACCGGAACAAAUACGGGUCAUCAUUGUUCGUUCCAACGAUCAAUUCCAGGAGCAGACAAAUUGCAUUGAACAAAGCUUUCAGGCAGGAUACGAAUGAGAAAUUGAAGCCUCUUCAUGUGACAGAUCGUCUUGCUUUUGACGCCUAUGCGAUAGCACAGAGGAAAAAUGCUACGCAGGAAUACUUUGAUUUGUUAAAUGAGCAGCCCUUCGCACCGCAAAUUAGUGAAACGUCACAGAAGAUUGUUGAGCAGAAGCCCGAGUUUAAGAUGGACUUUGUCGCUCGCCAACACUAUUUUCGCUCGCGUGAUCUAGAAAGGCAAGAAACACUUGAAGGUUUGUGUGAUCGAGACGAUUCUCAGGGAGGAAAGCUGACCUUUAAGCCGGAUAUUGGAAACGCAGACGACGUACUUAGGCGAUUACGGCCUGAUCGAAGCACAGAGAGUAGUCGACAAAAGCUUUAUCGGCUAGCAUAUAAUGAUCAUCGAAAAGCCGAGCUUAAGAGACAGCGCAUUCAGCAGGCACAGCAUGCACAGUACACCUUUAAGCCAGAAAUAAAUCCAAUCUCAAAGGCUUUAGGUAGAUCGUCAACCCUUGAAGAACUCUCGCAUCCUGUUCUUGACAUUAAAUCGCAACUCAUGCCUCCACAUGAACCGCCGACUGCUGGCAAGUCACCGGCAUCCAAAGCUGUAAUGAGGCAGCAUUUCGCCAAUAAACGCUUUCGAUCGCGUAUUGCACUUGAGAUGGAGGAAGCAAGUACAGCUGAAUGCACAUUCCGGCCAAGACUGGUGGCUUCCAAGUAUCGUAUUGGUAGCGCAAGAGCCCUGAAGUUAGAGCCGCGAUCGAAAAAGAUGGAAUGGCAGUCUGGUCAUCUUCUUCACCAAAUUGAAGCGGAGCGCAAGUCAAAAGCUGACGAGAUCGAGGCAAAGAGAAACAUUCAGGAGCUAAAGGAAUUAAAAGAAUGUACGUUUCAGCCAAACUUACGAAAGGUAAGGCCGCGUGGUAAGUCUUCUACGAAGAAAAUACCUCCCUAUUACACUUCCGAAGAGAAGCCAGUGAUUGUUCGUGGCCUUGGGCGCUUUCUUGAGCUACGAGACCUCGCUCGCAAACAGCAUGCAGAUCAGAAAGAGCGAGAGAAAAAGGUGUUUGCCCUAAACACGUCGUAUGAACCGCGUAUUUAUACGGUGCCGAAGCCAUUCAAGCUUUCUAGUACAAAACAAGACAGAAUCCGUCGACGAUUCAAAGUUCGUGAAGAAAUUUACGCCAAAGAGAGGCAAGAAUGCACAUUUCGCCCGGAGACUGUAUCAUCACUAAGUCGACGCAAUAUGAAAAAUAUGCUAGAUUACUAA